UUCAAAACACCUUUGAGCUGUGCAUUCUCUAUACUCCUCUGAAGAAGCAACAAAGACUGCGAAACGUCAGGGUAACUUCUUCUACUUUACUGCACUUUGAAUUGACUCUUUUAGUGCAAAUUUUAAUACAACACAUUGUUUUAAUUGUUGUUUUAACUCUUUUUAAAUCUAAUUGUUAAUAAAGUAUCAAUUUUAUCGUUGGUGGAGGGUUCUACCUCUGGAGUUUUAACCUCUACAUGGAUAUAAACUGAACUUUUUGGAUGAUAAUACAAUUCAUCCAGUCUCUGGAGCUCUCCUCUGGGCUAGAUUUAAAUUCCAACAGGAAAAACACCUUUUUUGGACAAACUUUGGGCCUACUGGGACACCUAAGCCUCAAUAGGAUCUCGGGCUACCUAGCCACACAGGGGCCUAUGGGACUUCUCAACAUCGACAUCCCACUCCAUUGAGACAACCAACCACAGCGGACCAGGAUGACCAUCGACACCCUCAGGACUACCCCUCGGAAUUCACUGGCUCUUCAGAUCGCCAUAGGUUGGGCCAGGAAGCGCUAUGGCCCCAGGUGGUGCUGGUGCCCGGAUGGGCCCUGUUGGUCGGCAGAUCCCGAGGGAUUACUUACAACAGGGAGGGCCAGUGAUGAAAGGGCCUUUGAAGGUUAAACCUACCAUAAAAAGAACCCAUUCUGAACCCUCCACUAAAACAUCCUUUGGGAUCGUGUCGUCCGGACGGUCUUCUCCGGGUGCCAGCCCGCCUAUGGACCUGAGCCAAAGCCCUCCGGGUCCCUCGUCUCCCCCACCUUCACCUCCAUCUCCCCCACCACAACUCAUCUCUUCUUUGCCGGUAAUGUAUCGCCCCACGUACCACAUUGCAAGACCCCAAAGAAAACUCCAGGACUGGUCCUUUAAGGGACGUAAACCAGUCCUGGUGUUAGGCGACUCCAACAUCAACCGAAUACCGGCUCAUACUAAUUCACAAAUACAACUGGACAGCUACCCCGGUGCCACUGCAUACCAUUUCCUACAGCUUUGCGAAAAAGCUCACCCAAAUCCAUUCACCAAAAUAGUCAUCUUUUCCCAAUCAAAUUUCCCAUCAUGA